AUGGAAAGUGAGGACACAAAGAAAACACAAGAAAUGAAGACUGACCUGAACUUAUUAUUGGAGUGUCUGAAGUAUCAAAUGGACAACCCUUUGUCACAAAAGGAAGCUUUGGUCACUAUUCAUUCAAUCUGCCAACAAAACAGUGAUGCAGGUGUAUAUUUUCGGGAAAUUGGUGGUUUGAUGUUUGUAAAAAAUCUUGCAAAGUCAAGUGAACAUAGCAUGGUAAAAGAAGCAGCCUUGUAUACAUUAGGAACUGUUGCAGAAAAAAAUGUUUAUUGUCAGCAGACUUUGUGCACUUCAGAAUUGUUUGAAGACUUAAUUUGGUUCUUAUCUAAUAAUGACUCAAACACAAAUUUGAAAAGAAUGUCUGUCUAUGUUAUUUUGGUUCUAGUUUCAAAUAAUAGGACUGGACAAACGCUUGUGAGAGAAACAGGUUGUUUUAAAAUUCUGUCAGAGUUGUUCAGGGCAGUCCUUUCAAAACAUGAGUUGAAUUUGUCAGAUAAAAAUGUUUUCCAGAAUUAUCAGUUGUGGUCGUCAGUGUGUGGUACUCUGUGUGUCUGUGUCAACAAUCCUCAAAAUGAUGAAAAUCAAAGGCUUUGCUGUUCACUUUUUCCACAUGCUAAUGACUGGCUAAAAAAUUGUAUGAUGCCUGAGAUAAUUCGCCCUCUUUGUUCAUUUAUUGGACUCACUCUUGCAAAUAACACACAUGUUCAGAAAUACUUUAUAUCUGUGGGUGGACUGGAUGUAUUGUGUCAAGUUCUUGUGCAACUGGAAUCUGAUUCACAUAAGACUCUUUCAAGUGCUAAGCUUGCAGUGGUGGUGACAAAGACAGUGGAUGCAUGUAUUGCUGAUAAUUCUACUUUUGGUCAAGUAUUAUCCAAGUACCAUAUUGUUUCAAAACUUCUGGCAUUACUGCUUCAUGAAAGUCUGGAUUCAGCAGAAAAAUUUAGCAUCAUUCUUACUCUUGGUCAUUGCACAGAGACUUGCGAGGAAAAUCAGUAUGACCUUUUUAAAAACAAUGGGCUUCCACUCAUGAUACAAGCCUUAACUGAAUCUCAGAAUGAGGAACUAAACAAAGCUGCCACUUUUGUGCUUUGCAACUGCAAAAAAAUUACUGAGAAAUUAUCUCUAAGCCUAAGAGAAUGUCCUUUUGAUGAAAAUGAAGCAGAACAAUUAGAAGACAUAAAUAAGAAAGAGAAGAAUAUUGGAGAGUACUGGAAGAAAGCAAAGGACAUUCUUCACAGAAUAGAACAGCUUGAAAGAGAAGAAAAUGAGGAAAAAACACAAAGAGAAAAAGAUAAUGUUUCAUCUGUGAACAUAAAUAUUCAAAAUACAUUGAAACACCUCCAUACAAAUAGUAUUGGUGGAGGUCCCAAAGCAGAAGAUAAGGAUACAAGCCAGUCUAGAAAGCUGCAGAGUUACAAAUCUCAUGGAUUUAUGUCUAAAACAUGUACAAAAGAUGACCAAAUGAAGACCCUGUUAAAGAGUGCAAAUCCAGUUAAUGCUUGUUACAGGGAGAGUGGGCAAAGUAAGACUUUAUAUAAAGCCAACCCAAGCUGCAAUCAAAACUUACAGGAAGGAACUUUUGAAAAAAAAGAUUCUGUUUCUCAAUCAAGCGACCGUGUUUUUAAACAUCCAAAUCCCAUUGUCAAAAAUAGAAAGCAGCAGUUACCAGUAACAGAUCCAUUUACAUUAUGUUCAGAUAUAAUAAAUAAAGAAGUCAUCAAUUUCCUAUCAGCUGACGAUUGUCCCAAAAUAUUCAAGUAUAGAUGCUCAGGUUGCAUAGCAGUAGGAAAAUCCCUGAAUAGCCGAAAUUUUAGCAAGCUCUUGCACUCAUGUCCAUACCAAUGUGAUCGUCACAAAGUCAUUGUGGAAGCUGAAGACAGAUAUAAAAGUGAACUAAGGAAAUCACUUAUCUAUAACAAAAAAAUUCUGCUGACCCCACGUAAAAGACAACUACUCAGUAAUGAACGUACUUCCUCUGGAGGAAUAAAAGAAAGAAAAAUUCGUAAAAACUUUACUGAAGAAGAAGUGAAUUACAUUUUCAGUGGAGUUAAGAAAAUGGGAAAUCACUGGAAUGCAAUUUUGUGGUCUUUCCCCUUUCAACAAGGACGGAAGUCUGUUGACCUUGCUCAGAAAUACCACAAGCUGACCAGACGCCCCAAGUUUGUGGCUCCUUAAUUGGAAGAAGAAUUGUCAGUUUCUAUUGUGAACUCAUUUUAUUUUUAUUUUCCUAUUGUGAACUCUUAAAAUACAGUGUCUUGAAGAUACAAAAUUUAAAAUAUUAUUCUAAACUCUCAGGAAACAAGAAAUGUGGAAACAGGAAUACUAUUUACAUUAAAUUCUUUUUGUGAUGUGAUGAGCUACAGCAAAAUAUUAAAAUAGUUUAGCCUGGCU